UCUGUUGACUUCUGAGAUGCAGAAAUAACAUUACUUUUCGUCAUUUUUCUCAUUGUAUUUAAAAGUUUGAUUCUUAGCCUUUUAUCAGUCUAGUGAUUUUAAACAAAAAUUUAAUUUUUAUAAUUGAUAAAGGUCAAAAUCGUGUACGUCAUUAUUCGUAAACAAUGUAGUGGUGGAGUGAAUUAAACAUUACAUUUCGAAUUAAGUCUCGUCUUGAAAUACUAUUCGGCCAUAUCUUUGAUUUUCUUAUUUCUUGUGCCGAUUGCCCCGAAUUUCAAGAUAUACGCUUGAUUUACUCAAAAUAUGGGCAUACUUACAACUUUUGCGAAAUCUUUAGGUGUAAUUAGAAGAGCGAGUCAACGAGACUUUUCAAAUGUCGGCUUCGUGGGCUUGGGUAAUAUGGGCGCUUACAUGGCGAAGAAUCUCAUUAAAAAAGGAUACAGACUCACAGUUUACGACAUUAACGAAAAGGCCAUAGAAAAUGUUGUGAGUGCUGGCGCUAAAGGGGCCGCGAGCGUUGCCGAGGUAUCGAAAAAUUCCGAGGUACUUGUUACCAUGUUGCCCAUGAACCAACACGUCUUGGAGUGCUAUACCAGUAAAACAGGCAUUAUAAGCGCCGCCAAGAAGGGCACACUUCUGGUCGACAGCAGCACCAUCGAUCCGACGGUUUCACAAACAAUUGCUAAAGAGGCGGAAAAGAAUGGCCUUAGAUUUAUCGAUGGCCCAGUCUCAGGAGGAGUCGUCGGGGCGGAAAAUGCUACCCUCACUUUCAUGGUCGGUGGGUCUAAGCUGGACUUUGAAGGAGCCAGGACAUUUUUAGAAGCGAUGGGUUCAAGAGCGGUCCAUUGCGGAGAUAUUGGAAUGGGCCAAGUGGCAAAGAUUUGCAACAAUAUGCUUCUCGCCAUCUCAAUGAUUGGAGUAUCCGAAGCGCUCAAUCUAGGUGACAAAUUAGGAUUGAAUCCGAAAAUCCUAACUGAUAUCAUAAACACAAGUACGGGAAGAUGUUGGUCCUCCGAAAUUUACAGUCCGAUUCCUGGACUAAUUCCAACGGUUCCCAGCUCCAACGAUUACAAUGGUGGAUUCAGCACGGCCUUAAUAGCUAAGGAUCUAGGACUAGCACAAGCCUCUGCAACAAGAACUGGAUCACCAAUAGCCCUCGGCUCAUUGUCCCAUCAAAUUUAUAGGACAAUGAUGGCCCACGGAUUGGGCGGCAAAGAUUUUAGCGUCAUUUAUCAGUACAUUCGAGAGGAAGACAAAAAAUAGAUUGUACAGAUAGAGACGAGAGAUGAAAUUUGCAUUAAAUGAGCAUUA